AUGUCUACAAAGAAAGUUGUUGAAGAUAAUGUUCAUGAAUUGAAUCCAGUUCAUUCUGAUGAUGUUGAAUUAAAACAAAAUUCAUUAUCUGAUAAAGAUGCCAUUUCAAAAGAUGAUGAAGAAGAUAUUGAUGAUUCAAUCUUAGAUUCUUAUGCUCAUACAAAAUCAAUUGUUAUCAAGAAAACUGAAAUUUUAUUUAAACAAUGUGAUUCAAAAUUACAAAAAGCUAUAUUAUUCUUUAGUUGUUUCUUAAUUGGUUAUGGUUAUGGUUUAGAUUCAAAUAUUCGUUAUGUUUAUACUGGUUAUGCAUCAAGUGAUUAUGGUCAACAUUCUUUAAUUGCCACUGUGGGUGUUAUUAACGCUGUUGUUGGUGCUGCUUCACAAAUGGCUCUUGCAAGAUUAUCUGAUGUUUUUGGUAGAUUAGAAAUCUUAAUCGCCUCUGUUGUUCUUUAUGCUGCUGGUACUGUUAUUCAAUCUCAAGCUUAUGAUAUUCAAAGAUUUUGUGCAGGUUCCAUUUUUUAUAACUUGGGUUAUGUUGGUGUUAUCUUGAUUGUUACAAUUAUCAUUUCAGAUUUUUCUUCAUUAAGAUGGAGAACUUUUUAUAAAUGUUCAGUUACAUUACCAUUUGUUAUUAAUACAUGGAUCUCUGGUGAUGUUUCAAGUGCUGUUGGACCAGACAAGAAUUGGUCAUGGGGGAUUGGUAUGUGGGCAAUUAUUUUCCCUGUUGCUUCAUUACCAUUAAUCUUUGUCAUAUUACAUAUGAGAUUAAAAGCUGGUAAAACACCUGAAUGGAAGGCUUUAAAGAGACAAAAGACUCAUUAUCAAUCAAAAGGUCUUUGGAGUUUCUUAAAAGAAUUAUAUUGGAGAACUGAUAUCACUGGUAUUUUAAUUUUAACAGUGAUGCUUGGUUGUAUCUUGGUUCCUUUAACUCUUGCAGGUGGUGCUAAAUCUAAAUGGGCAAAAGGUGAAAUUAUUGGUCCUUUAGUUUUAGGGGUUGUCUUGAUUCCAAUUUUUGGUCUUUAUGAAUCUUAUAUUGCUCGUUAUCCAUUAGCUGCUUAUAAAUUAGUUAAAGAUCGUGGUGUUUGGUCUGCUAUGUGUAUUCAAUUCUUGUUAUAUUUCAUUGGUACCAUGUAUAAAGGUUAUUUAUAUACUGUUUUAAUCAUUGCAAUGAAUCAAUCAGUUAAAUCUGCUACAAGAAUUAAUAUUUUACCAUCAUUUGUUUCAGUUGUGGGGACUCCAUUCUUUGGUGUUGUUGUUGCUUAUGUUCGUCGUUUAAAAAUGUUUAUCCUUAGUGGUAUUUCAUUAUAUAUGGUUGGUUUAGGUUUAAUGUAUCAUUUUAGAGGUUAUGAAUAUUCUAAAAACGGUGUUAUUGGUGGAUUAGUUGUUAUUGGUCUUGGUAUGUGUUUAUAUACCGGUUCAGUUUCAUUAACUGUUCAAGCUUCAACAUCUCAUGAACAUAUGGCUAGUGUUAUUUCAUUAUUAUUAACUGUUUUCAGAAUUGGUUCAGCUGUUGCAAGUGCUGUUUCAGGUGCCGUUUGGACAAAUUUAUUACCAGGUAGAUUAGAAAAAGAUUUUGAACAAUAUGGUAAUGCAACUUUAGCUAAAUUUGCAUAUAAAUCACCAUAUAAAUUUGUUAAAGAAUAUAAAUAUGGUUCAGAUAUUCGUAAUUCAUUAAUUGAAAGUUAUAGAUAUAUUCAAAAAAUGGAAGUUUUAAUUGCAUUAGUUUUCUGUGCUGUUAUGCUUGGUUGUGCUUUUGCUCUAAGAGAUCCUGAAUUAACUGAUGAACAAGCUCAAAAUGAUUUAAAAGAUGGUGAAUAUAUUGAUGCAAAAACUAAUGAUCCAAUUGCAAGAGUUUUCUUGAAAUGGAGAGAAGGUAGAAAAAAGGAAAAAGCUCAAGCAGAAGGAUCAUUAUAA